CCUCUAUCGAAUACAACAAUCGCAGCUGCCGAGUUCUCUGAAGAUGUGUCCCAAACUCCCAGUGAAGGCACAUUAAUGGACAUAGAAAUAGAAGAAGCAGAAGAUAUUGAAGUGGUGGAGGAGCUAGUUACCGUAGAUGUCUUGGAAUGUCCUGAAAUUGAAACUGAAACAAUUUUAACAGUUGACGCCUCAGCAGAUGAUUCCAUAGCCUCAGAUCAGGCUGCAGUGAGUACUCCAGGAACAGAUCAGACUGCUGCUGAGGACAAUUCAGAAGCAGAAAAACCGUCUUCAGUUUUCGUCUUCAAAGAUCCUAAUUUUGUGCAUUCAAGUAAAGGGCCAGGUGGAAAUAAAAGGACGCGCGUGUGGAAGAAUCUCAAGCAGAUCAUAGCAGCAGAGAGGUCUUUGCCAUGGGGUCCAGAUGCUGUCACAUAUGGAUCAAUAGAUGCGCCCCCCUCUUUUAAGCCAGCCAAAAAGUAUUCAGACAUUUCCGGUUUAGAGUCAAAGUAUACAGAUCCUCAGACAAGAAUGCGUUAUACCAACGCUGAUGAAUAUAGGAGAAUCAGAAUGCUACCAGCAGACAUUGUGGCCGGUUGCUUGGCGUUACGGAAGGCGACUAAUCCAGUCCCUUGAUGCAGUGGAGUUUGGUGUCUAAGAAAGGAUGUUUAUACAUUUUUGAAGAAUUGUACUUGUAAAAAGGUGUUCAUAUUAUGUAAAUAAAAAUUAUGGAAUACUUGAUCUCAG